AGAAGCGGGAGCCCUCCCUGCCCCCCGCGGCGGGAAGAGCGCCGCCCGCCGAGCAAGAUGCGCGCCCCGCCCGCUCAGGCCGUCCCCGGGCGGACCCCGAGCACCUGCGCGCCCCGGCCCAGCCCCGGGCUCUAAGCGCGCCACCUCCCAGGAUUUGGCAUCAGAAGCAUGUGAAAUAGAGUGCGUGGUCUAAAAUAGCAACCAGUGGCAGUGAGUUUCCAGACUUUUCCCAACAUGGAACCCAUAACAUUCACAGCGAGGAAGCAUCCGUUUCCUAAUGAGGCCUCGGUGGGCUUCAGCCUCCAGCUGGUGGGCUCCUUGCGCGUGCACUCCCUAACCACCAUGCCCAUGCUGCCUUGGGUCGUGGCUGAGGUGCGAAGGCUCAGCGGGCAGUCCUCCAAGAAGGAGCCUGGUACCAAGCAAGUCCGCCUUUGUGUUUCACCCUCUGGACUGAGAUGUGAGCCUGAGCCAGGAAAAAGUCAACAGUGGGAUCCACUGAUCUGUUCCAGCAUCUUCGAGUGUAAGCCUCAGCGUGUCCACAAACUGAUUCAUAACAGCCAUGACCCAAGUUAUUUUGCUUGUCUCAUUAAAGACGAUGCAGCCAAUCAGCAGAGUAUCUGCUAUGUGUUCAAAGCAGAUGAUCAAACAAAAGUGCCCGAGAUCAUCAGCUCCAUCCGGCAGGCCGGGAAGAUCGCCCGCCAGGAGGAGCUGCGCUGCCCGUCCGAGCUGGACGACACGUUCGCCAAGAAGUUCGAGGUGCUGUUCUGCGGCCGCGUGGCCGUGGCGCACAGGAAGGCGCCGCCCGCGCUCAUCGACGAGUGCAUCGAGGGCUUCAGCCACGUGUGCGGCGGCUUCUCACCCGGGUCGGUGCUGCCGCCCCCGCGGCCGCCGGGGGAGCGGGAGCCCGGCCCGCGGCCCAUGCGCAAGUCCUUCUCCCAGCCCGGCCUGCGCUCCUUGGCCUUCCGCAAGGAGUUCCAAGAUGCUGGCCUGCGGAAUAGCAGUUUCUUCAGCUCCUUUGAGGAGAACGACAUCGAGAACCACCUGAUGAGUGGGCACAGUCUUGUGCAGCCGACGGAUAUUGAGGGAAAUCGAACCAUGCUCUUCACGAUCGGUCAGUCUGAAGUUUACCUCAUCAGUCCUGACACCAAAAAAAUCGCCUUGGAGAAAAAUUUUAAGGAGAUAUCCUUUUGCUCUCAGGGUAUUAGACACGUGGACCACUUUGGGUUCAUCUGCCGAGAGUCCUCGGGAGCUGGAGGCUUUCAUUUCGUCUGCUAUGUGUUUCAGUGCACGAAUGAAGCUCUGGUUGAUGAGAUUAUGAUGACCUUGAAGCAGGCCUUCACGGUGGCCGCAGUGCAGCAGACGGCCAAGGCGCCGGCCCAGCUGUGUGAGGGCUGCCCCCUGCAGAGCCUGCACAAGCUCUGCGAGCGGAUCGAGGGAAUGAAUUCUUCCAAAACCAAACUAGAACUGCAGAAGCACCUGACAACAUUAACUAAUCAGGAGCAAGCGACUAUUUUUGAGGAGGUUCAGAAAUUGAGACCAAGAAAUGAGCAGCGAGAGAAUGAAUUGAUUAUUUCUUUCUUGAGAUGUUUAUAUGAAGAGAAACAAAAAGUUCAUGUCCAUAUUGGGGAGAUAAAGCAGGCAUCACAGAUUGCAGCGGAGAAUAUUGGAAGCGAGUUACCACCCAGUGCCACUCGGUUUAGACUAGAUAUGCUGAAAAACAAAGCAAAGAGAUCUUUAACGGAGUCUUUAGAAAGUAUUUUGUCCCGGGGUAAUAAAGCCAGAGGCCUCCAGGAGCACUCCACCAGCCUGGAUCUGGACAGCUCCGUGUCUAGCACAUUAAGUAGCACCAGCAAAGAGCCGUCUGUGUGUGAAAAGGAGGCCCUGCCCAUCUCCGAGAGCGCCUUCCGGCUCCUCGGCUCCUCGGACGACCUGUCCAGUGACCCCGAGGGCCAGCCCACGGAGGAGCCGGCCCUGCCUUCGCCGCAGCAGGGCUUCCGGAGGCGAGCCAACACCCUGAGUCACGUGCCCGCGGAGUGCCCGGAGCCCCCGGAGCCCGCCCGCGCCUCUCCAGGGCCCUCGCAGAGGAAGCUUGUGAGGUACCACUCAGUGAGCACAGAGACGCCUCACGAACGAAAUGGGGAUCGUCCACCUGUUGGCGAGUGUAAAAGUCCCUCAGGUCAGUCUUCAGCUCCUGCUCCUCCACCUCGGCUUAACCCCUCCGCCUCCUCGCCCAAUUUUUUUAAGUACCUCAAACAUAACUCAAGUGGAGAACAGAGUGGGGAUGCUGUGCCAAAGAGCAUCUCCUACCGUAAUGCCCUGAGGAAAAAACUUCAUUCUUCUUCCUCUGUGCCAAAUUUUCUAAAAUUUCUGGCUCCUGUAGAUGAAAAUAACACCUCUGACUUUAUGACCGCAAAAAGGGACUUUGAAUCUAAAGCCAACCAUCUCGGUGACUCCCCUGGGACCCCGGUAAAGACACGGAGACACUCGUGGAGACAGCAGAUCUUCCUCCGAGUGGCCACCCCACAGAAAGCCUGUGAUUCCUCUGGCAGAUACGAAGAUUAUUCAGAGCUGGGAGAGCUUCCCCCACGAUCUCCUCUAGAGCCAGUUUGUGAAGAUGGGCCCUUUGGCCCUGUCCCAGAGGAAAAGAAGAGGACAUCUCGUGAGCUUCGAGAGCUGUGGCAAAAGGCCAUUCUACAACAGAUACUGCUGCUAAGGAUGGAGAAAGAAAAUCAGAAGCUGCAAGCCUCUGAGAAUGAUCUGCUGAACAAGCGCCUAAAGCUUGAUUAUGAAGAAAUCACUCCUUGUCUUAAAGAAGUAACUACAGUGUGGGAAAAGAUGCUUAGCACUCCAGGAAGAUCAAAAAUUAAGUUUGACAUGGAAAAAAUGCACUCGGCUGUUGGGCAAGGUGUGCCACGACAUCACCGGGGUGAAAUCUGGAAAUUCCUAGCAGAGCAAUACCACCUGAAACACCAGUUUCCCAGUAAACAGCAGCCCAAGGACACGCCGUACAAAGAACUCUUAAAACAGCUCACCUCCCAGCAACACGCGAUUCUCAUCGACCUCGGGCGAACCUUUCCAACACACCCGUACUUCUCUGCUCAGCUCGGAGCAGGGCAGCUGUCGCUUUACAACAUUUUGAAGGCCUACUCGCUUCUAGACCAGGAAGUCGGCUAUUGCCAAGGUCUCAGCUUUGUAGCAGGCAUUUUGCUGCUUCACAUGGGUGAAGAAGAGGCGUUUAACAUGCUCAAGUUUCUGAUGUUUGACAUGGGACUGCGGAAACAGUACCGGCCGGACAUGAUUAUUUUGCAGGUCCAGAUGUACCAGCUCUCGAGGCUGCUCCAUGAUUACCACAGAGACCUGUACAAUCACCUGGAGGAGCACGAGAUUGGGCCCAGCCUCUACGCUGCGCCCUGGUUCCUCACCGUCUUUGCCUCCCAGUUCCCACUGGGCUUCGUUGCCAGAGUCUUUGAUAUGAUCUUUCUUCAGGGAUCAGAGGUCAUAUUUAAAGUGGCUUUAAGUCUGUUGGGAAGCCAUAAGCCCUUGAUUCUGCAGCAUGAAAACCUAGAAACCAUAGUUGACUUCAUAAAAAGCACACUCCCCAACCUGGGCUUGGUGCAGAUGGAGAAGACCAUCAGUCAGGUGUUUGAGAUGGACAUCUCUAAACAGUUACAAGCUUAUGAAGUGGAGUACCACGUGCUUCAAGAAGAACUUAUCGAUUCCUCUCCUCUCAGUGACAACCAAAGAAUGGACAAGUUAGAGAAAACCAACAGCAGCUUACGCAAACAGAACCUGGACCUCCUGGAACAACUGCAGGUGGCAAAUGGGAGGAUCCAGAGCCUCGAAGCCACCAUCGAGAAGCUCCUGACCAGUGAAAGGAAGCUGAAGCAGGCGAUCCUGGCCUUAGAGCUGGAGAGGUCGGCCCUGCUGCAGACCGUGGAGCAGCUCCGGAGGCGGACGGUGGAGCAGGGCGGCCCCGAGCCUGACCUCACCCUGCCGGGGCCCGCAGGCGACUGAUGGCACGGGGCAGGGCAGGGCAGGGCCCCCGCCAGGGCGCAGCCCUGGAGGAGACGUUGCUCCCAUCCUCCCGCUGUCCAGGCCUUGACGAGGGAGAAGGCGGAUGCUGGAGGGAGAGGAGGGGGCGUGACGCGUGCUUCUCAGGGAGGAGACUGGCUUCCCCGCACAGAUUCUUCUGAACCGACUCGCAGUGGUUUGUGCCGGUGCAGGGGCAAGCGUCCCGGUGUUUUGGUUGUUGUCGUGUAGGUCCUACUUCGUCCCCUUCUCUGGUCCUGGUUACUGUUCUCGGUAGAUUUAGAGGCAUGGACACGAAUAAAUGCACCUUUGUUUCUUUGUUUA